AGUACUAUUGUAUUAUCUGAAGAAAUAUAAGACAUUAAUUGUAAAGUUAACAAUUACAAAAUGGAUGAUAGUGAAAAAAUUCAAAGGUCUACCAAUCCUCGUGAAACGGCUAAUGUAUUCUCUUUAAUCACAUUCAUCUAUACAAAAAGUUUAUUUACACGCGGUUACAAAAAGGAUUUGGAGGAUGAUGAUCUUUACGAAGUUAUUGAAACUUGUCGAUCGAAAAAAUGUGCUGACGAACUUGAAAGUGCGUAUCAUGCAGACCGAAAAAGAAAAGGAAAACCUUCUAUUUUUCGUGUUUUAUGGAAUUGCUUUGGUAUGUCCUAUCUAAUAUUAGGACUUUUCAAUUUAGCUUGGAAAUUAUUAACAAGUGCCUUGGAACCUGAUGCAAUUGCUAAUUUAGUUGCAUACUUCAAUCCUGGUCAAACUAAAAUGUCGAUGAACGACGCUUUAUAUUAUGCUACUAUCCUUAUAGGACUAAAAUUAGUACACAGUUUUUAUCAUCCUAAUUACAUGAUUUAUCUUGUACAAUUGGCAAUUCAAAUAAGAACUUCAUUUUGUUCUUUAAUAUACAGAAAAGCUCUGAAGUUGAGUCCCAAGGCUUUAGAAAAGACGAGUUUAGGGAAUAUAGUGACGCUUAUAACUAAAGACGUCGCUCAGUUUGAAGGUGCUAUAUGGUUAGUUAAUGAUUUAUGGAUUGGAGCAAUACAAUCUGUGUAUAUCUGUUAUUUGAUAUACGUUAGAAUAGGAUGGUCUUCCACAGUUGGAGUGAUAGUUUUGGCUUCUGCUGUACCGAUACAAUAUUGUUUUUCUAAAAUUAUAAAGAAUCUUAGAUUGAAAAUGAAUACUAGGACAGAUAAACGUUUACAAGAAACACAAGAAGCUUUAUCAACAAUUAAAAUUAUUAAAAUGUACACUUGGGAAAAAAUUUUCGUAGACAGAAUUGAUGAGACUAGGAGAAAGGAAGUCGAAAUAUUACUCCGAAAAGCUAUCACACAAUUUUCGUUGAUGAUUUCCAGCGAUUUACUUGGAAAAGUUGGAUUUUACAUACUAGUAAUGAUGUACAUUCGGUUCAACACCCAUGCUCAAGCCGAAACUAUAUUUUAUGUGAUGAGAUCGUACGGAACCCUUCGACAUAUAAUAUCUCUAAUCUUCACUUACGGUAUAUCAUUAAUUGCAGAGUUAUCUGCAGCUAUAGAAAGAAUAGAUAAUGUAUUGCAGCUUGAUGAAUUACCAAAACAUGUUGAUACACACGAUGAAAAUCCACAAAUUGAUAUAAAAAAUAUUAGCGUGGAAAUGAAGGGAAAACAGAUUCUUGAUAAUAUAACUUUAACAUUAAACGCUGGACUAAAUGUCAUAACAGGUCAAUUGGGAUGCGGGAAAAGUUCAUUGAUAAAAACGAUUCUGGAAGAUCUUCCCGUAGAUAGUGGAGAAGUACACACCAGAGGUACGAAAAGUUAUGCUUCGCAAGAUCCGUGGUUGUUUCCUGCAUCUAUUAAACAAAAUAUUCUGUUCGGUGAACAAUAUGAUUAUGAAAGAUAUAAUAAGGUUAUUGAAGUGUGCGCUUUGAAAUACGACUUUAGUAUAUUAGAAAAAGGUGACGAGACUAUAGUUGCUGAUAGAGGAAUGAAUUUAAGCAAAGGACAACAAGCUAGAAUAAAUUUGGCUAGAGCAAUAUAUAAAACCAGUGAUAUUUACUUACUUGAUGAUUCCCUUACUGCUCUAGAUACGAAAGUACAAGAUCAUAUUUUCAUUAAUUGCAUCGAAGGUUUCCUAAAAGGAAAAUUAGUUUUUUUGGUAACACAUAACACCAAACAUAUUACGAAAGCUGAUAAAUUAGUAAUACUUGAAAAUGGUGCAGUUAAGUAUGAAGGAAUUAAAGAAAAGAUAUUGCCGGAUAUGUUGAAUAAAUUGGAAGAACUAGAAGGAUCAGAUUCGAGUAAAAAUUCUAAAGAUGAUGUGGAAAUACAAAGUGAAAGCACGGAAAAUACAAAAUUGGUAGAAACUGCAACAAUAAAGAAGCAAAUUUAUCACGAAGAUAAAAAGAAAGGUGGUUUGGCGUUUGAAGUUUAUACCAAAUAUGUUAAAUAUGGAGGAGGAAUUUUCUUUGUUAUAUUGAUUAUUGCCUGUUAUUUUGGAUCUACGUUUUUUGAUAGCAGUUCUCAAGUUAUGUUGACUAAUUGGGUAAAUCAUCAAUCUUCGAUUUCCACUUUAAAAGAAAAGUACUUUGGAUACUCAUUCGAAAGUUAUGACCAGUUAUACGACGUAUAUUUUGCAUCUGCUAACUCCACAACCAUCGCUCCUCUUUUAGUACCAAAUUUCAUAAGGUCGUCAAACGGAACUUCAACUGACGAGGAAUUUAUUUUGAAUCGUACGGCCAUGACACAAAACCAAAACGAAACCUACCAUUUAUUGAUUAAACUUGAAAAUAUAGAAACAGAAGCUACGAAAACUUUGAAUAUAUACACAAUGUUAUUGAUAGCAUCGAUAGUGUUUGAAUUUAUGAAAAGUUAUUUUUUUUUCAAAUUUGGAACUAACGCUUCGAUAGGUUUACAUAAAGCCAUGUUACAAUCCGUUGUUUUUGGAAAGAUGGCGUUUUUUGAUACAUUCUUCGUGGGAAAUAUUCUGAAUAGAUUUUCACAAGAUUUAAGUGUUGUGGAUGAGCAUUUACCAAUGAUUCUAGCGCUGUUAAUAGGGGCUGCUUUCGCUUUUGGAGGAAUUGUUGGUAUGAUGGCAAGUGUGAGUUGGAAGUUUAUAGUUCCAUCAGUGGCUAUUCUUAUGUUGUUAAUUAUUUUACGACACUUAUAUAUGCCAACUGCUAGGAGUCUUAAGCGUUUGGAAGCUGCAACUCGUAGUCCAAUGAUCGGCCAUUUAAACUCAUCAAUGGAAGGUUUAACUACAGUUAGAGCUUAUAAAGCCCAGGAUAUACUUAGAGACGAAUUCGACAGACAUCAAGAUCUUUAUAUCAGUGCUAAAUAUACAUCACUAUGUGUCAAGAAUGCGUUUCAUUUCUACAUGGAUAUAACGGCAGUUUCUUUCACAGUAUACACAAUCGUUAGAUUCCUAUUUUUCGAAACAGACACAGCAGCAGGCGACGUCGGUUUGGCUUUAACCCAAGCAGGAGCUUUGACUAUGGUUAUCCAAUUCGGUUUAUUACAAUGGUCAGAAGCCGAAAAUCUGAUGACGUCCGUGGAAAGAGUAAUGGAGUAUACGAAAAUCGAACCUGAAAAUAAAACAGGAACAAAAAUCCCAGACUGGCCUAGUACAGGGAAAGUUCAAUAUCAAAACGUUUCUCUAACGUAUACCAAUUCAAAUGAAAAAGUUUUACAAGAUAUCACUUUUGAUGUGAAACCCAAAGAGAAAAUUGGUAUUGUGGGUAGAACAGGCGCCGGAAAAUCCUCUAUAAUAGCAACACUUUUCAGAUUAUAUAAUCACGAAGGUACAAUUCUAAUUGAUAACGUAGAUACCAAAAUACUCUCGUUGAAAUACUUAAGGCAACAUAUUUCGAUUAUUCCUCAAGAUCCUAUAACGUUUUCUGGUUCUAUCAGAAAUAACAUCGAUCCUUUCAAGGAAUUUUCAGAUGAACAAAUAUGGAAUGUAAUAAGAAAAGUGUACUUGGACUCUAAAAUUCCAAAUUUGGAAUGUUUGAUUGAAGAUACGAACUUCAGUUCUGGUGAAAGACAAUUACUUUCUUUAGCUAGAGCUAUAAUAAGACAAAAUAAAAUAGUGGUAUUGGAUGAAGCUACAGCUAAUAUGGAUCCUAAAACUGAAGAAUUGGUACAAAAAGCUAUCGAUGAGAACUUUUCUGACAGUACGGUUUUUAUAAUAUCCCAUAGAUUGAAUUCUAUCACGAAUUGUGACAAAGUUUUGGUUGUAAGUACGGGGAAAAUCAUUGAAUUCGACACUCCAGACAAACUAGUAAAAAAUAAGAAUAGUAUGUUAUCGAAAAUGUUGAAAGUCGCCGAAAACUCGAACUAUUAGAUUUAAUAAAAAUUUUCAGAAAAA